AUGUCUGACCCAAGAGAUGUGAUUGUCGACAAAGAGAGAGAUAGUGUCAUCAUCUGCGAUAAUUCAAAUAGAAGAGUGGUUCAAUGGCCUCGUCAAAACGGGACAAGUGGAGAAACGAUCAUCUCCAACAUCGAUUGCUUGGGUUUAACAAUGGACGAGAAUGGAUCUCUCUAUGUCGUUGAUUUUGAAAAGGCUGAAGUGAGACGAUAUCAACGAGGAGAAUAUCAAGGAACAGUGGUUGCAGGUGGUAAUGGAGAAGGAAAUCGUCUCGAUCAACUGUUUCGUCCAACAUACGUAUUCGUCGAUCGAGACCAUUCAAUGUACGUAUCGGAUUAUGGAAAUCAUCGUGUGAUGAAAUGGAGGGAAGGCGCAGAAGUUGGUAUUAUCGCGGCUGGUGGUCAAGGAGAAGGAAAUGGUCUUACACAAGUGUGGAAUCCUCGAGGAGUCAUUGUCGAUCAAUUGGGCACUGUCUAUGUGGCUGAUUGUGGGAAUGCUCGAAUCAUGCGUUGGCUCAAAGGAGCCACACAAGGAAGUGUCAUGGUAGGGUGCAAACGGUGA